AUGGAGUGGCGCUAUUUUCCCACGUCCUUGAAUCCGGCGGACAUCGUGUCCCGUGGUGCUCUUCCUAAUGAGUUGAUCGUUGAUGAGCUGUGGGCACAUGGUCCUCCGUUUCUUCUUGGUCCUCAAGAUGAGUGGCCAGUUGCGGUCCCAGCUGAGAGGCCGACCCUGGAACUGCGCGCAAAGGUUUUGCUCAUUCAGUCGCCGUAUGUCAUAAUAGCUGCCUCCAAGUACGCUAAUUCCUUCUCAUCUCUGCAGCGGGUAUUUGCUUAUGUGCACAAGUUUUGUCAUCGAAUACGCCACAAGGGAAUCACCGCAGGAGAUAUCAAGUCUGGAACUCAACUUUUAUUGCGGUUGGUACAGCGGGUGCAUUUUUGGGAUGAUAUAAGGUCGCUUCAGAAUGGCAAAGAGAUAUCGUCGUCCAGCGUACUUGCCACAUCUUCACCCUUCUUGGAUAAGUUCGGUCUACUGCGUGUAGAUGGUCGCCUGAAGAAUUCGCCGUUGGAUUUUGAUAGUCGUCAUCCAAUUAUACUCCCUAGAAGCCACCCAGUCACUCUUGCUAUAAUUGUUGAUUUCCAUGAGCGAAAUUUACACACGGGACCUCGUGCUCUUUUGGCUUUGAUCCGAUCCCAAUAUUGGCCAAUUGGGGGGAGGAAAACGGUGACGAAGGCGUUGCACAAAUUCAUCCGAUGCUUCCGGUCCAAGCCCCGCCUGCUGGAGCACAUUAUGGCUGAUCUCCCGGAACAAAGAGUCAACGGUUGCCAAGUCUUUGGAGUCUCUGGCGUGGAUUUUUGUGGGCCAUUCCAUUACAAGCCAGAAGUUCGUAAUAAGGCUCCGGUAAAAUGCUACGUGAGCGUCUUCAUUUGUUUUGCUACAAAGGCCGUCCACUUGGAGCUCGUAAAGGAUUUAUCCACUACUGCGUUCUUACAGGCACUAAAACGGUUUAUAUGCAUCCGCCGAAAGCCACAACACAUUUGGUCGGACAACGCUACAAAUUUGGUUGGAGCCAGAAACGAGCUAAGUGAGCUGCGGCGGCUCUUUAUCAGCGACGAUUGUGUCCAUCGAAUGGCAUUUUAUUCCUCCUCGAUCUCCGCACUUCGGCGGACUCUGGGAAGCGGCAGUCAAAACUGCCAAGCAUCAUUUUUACCGGGCUGUGGGGUCCUCAAUUCUUGGUCCCGAUGGAAAGAGGAAUACUUAAGCCUCCUUCAGCAACGCUCCAAAUGGCUUAAAUCCGGCCCUGCUUUGGCAGUCAACGAUGUGGUGCUGGUCAAGGACGAGAACCUACCCCCGAAGAAGUGGCCGCUCGGAAUAAUCGUUGAACUGGUAUCUGGUAGGGACGGAGUGGCUCGAGUGGCGGUGAUCAGAACUUCAUCUGGAACCACCAAGCGCGCAGUAUCUAAGCUGUUCCUUUUGCCCCUUAAGGACGAAGUUGGAAGCCAGGCCCAACUGGGGGGAGAAUGUCGGGACAAGCAGCAGCCGCCACCUAAUUUAUAG